AUGGCUACCAAAGUUUCGGCUGAUGAAGAGAAUCAGCCAUCACUGAUGACGUCACUUCCCGAAGAAAUCAUCAUGGACUGCGUAGCACGUGUACCGAGAUCCUACUAUCCCCUUCUCUCCCUCGUCUCUAAGCACUUCAAGUCUCUCGUUACAUCGCCUGAGCUAUAUGUGAGACGAAGAUCUCUUCUAAGCCGCGACGACGAAUACAGUCUCUACGUUGCCAUCUCUAAGAACCAAACAUCUUGUAUCCACUGGUACACUCUUAGCCGAAAACCCAACAACAGUCUUUGGUUAGUCCCUAUCCCUUCACUUCCUCCUAUGCCUUUACAUGGAAGCUACGUGGUCGUAGGUUCGAGUAUAUAUGUCAUGGGUGGAUUUUACCAUUGGGGUUUUAUCACGCCGUGUGUGUCACGUAUUGAUUGUCGGUCUCACACGGUGCAACAUCUCCCUAGAAUGCCAAAGGCUGUUGCUGGUCCUGUUUCCGAACUCGUAGAUGGGAAGAUAUAUGUUAUUGGAGGGUCAGAUACUCGUUCCCGGGAGAUGAAAUCAUCGUCUCAAAGGAUCAUGGUGUUUGAUACAGAAGCAGAAACGUGGAACGUUACGAAGAAGAGGAUGAACUGGGAGGUGAAACAGAGGUUGUUUAGUAGUGUGGAGAUGUCUGGUAAUAUUUACAUGAGAGGUCAUAAGAAUAGCUAUGUUUAUGAGCCAAAGGGAGAUAAAUGGGAGGAGGACAGGAUUCUGCAUUCUAAGGAGUGGUCUAACUCAUGCGUUAUAGACGAUGUUUUGUACUAUUAUGAUGUUGAUAAGAAUUGUAUAAGGACGUAUGAUCCAAAGGAAAGGGCUUGGGGAGUGGUGAAGAGUGUGGAAUUAGGAGGAUUUGAGGAUGGUUCGUGGUCGUACACAGCGAGUUGCGGUAGAAAUUUGGUUGUGUUUUUCCAUAAAGAAAUAGUAUUGACGGAGACAACAGAAAUUUGGUGUGCAGAGAUUGUGGUGGAAAGGCGUCAAGGAGGAGAGAUUUGGGGAAAAGUUGAUUGGUGUGAUGUUGUGCUUGAUGGGAAAUCUCACAUUAUGAAAUGUCUAGUUGUUAAAAUUUGA